AUUUAUACGCUUUUACAGGCAUGAACUUUUAUGAACAAAUUAAAUAUAAGACAGAGCGGCUCAAACUAAUCUGGAUUUGAUGUUCCGGAUAAAGUACUCAGCUUUCCAUCAUGGCUUCUCCAGCUGAUACUCCAACAACAAACACCAACAACGGUUCAACACCACACACAACCAGCUCUUCAGCUUCAAUAGAAUCAUCAUCUAGCAAUGAUGGCAAAGAAGCUGAUAUUGAACCUGUUGAUGAUACAUUAAAUAGCUUCUUAACACAAAUUGAAGAUUACGCUCCUACAAUUCCUGAUGCUGUCACUGGGUUUUAUCUCAACCGUGCUGGGUUUGAAGCUUCAGACCCUAGGGUAAUGCGUUUAAUAUCACUAGCAGCACAGAAGUUUGUCUCAGAUGUUGUGAAUGAGUCAUUGCAACACUGCAAGAUGAAGGGAUCUGCUCAAACUUCUAAGAAGUCUGGAAAGGACAAGCGUUACACAUUAACAUUGGAAGACCUUACACCUGCUCUGCAAGAACGUGGCAUCAAUGUAAAGAAGCCAUACUACUUCACUUAGCAGUUUGUUGUAUUGCAUUGUAGCCAGACAGCCACCACUGAUGUUUUCAGAUGUACAUAUUUAACAUGUGCUAGAUAUUAAUACUGAGAGGGAACUAGCAAUAGUGAGAUGACAUCACAAUGGAGAGCUACUGUGCAAUGAUGUCACAAUACAACAGCAAUCUUCUGGUGAUGUCACAAUGGAAGAUCUUUAAUUCCGUAACUUGAAAAAACAAAUGUCAUUGAAAGCAACACGAUUACAAAUGUACAUACAGUACUCAAUAGCAUGAAAGGUUGUAGCAUUAGAGAUAUUUCUAAUGCAAAAAAUUUUCUUAUAUUGCCUCAACUUUUGUCAUACAGUUGCUUCAAAACAAAAGGAUGUUGAUUCAGGAUUGUCCAUUCACAACUCUUGAUAAAUUUGAACCAAUCAAUGCCUUGUAUCAGAUUCUGUCCAUGUCUUAAGAAGUGGAUGUUCUUGUCUGAACACAAAAAUAACUUUUGAAGGAUUAAACCAAUGGUCAGCAAGUCACAUCUCCACUUAGGCUAAAUGUGAACUUAAGAGUACAUAAAUAUUUUUUUUCUGAUCCUGAUGUAAAACCGCUUCAUUUAUUGAAAGAUAAACAAGCUUGACUUAAAAGAGGCUUUUUACAAUCACAAGACAUGAUUUGUACUAGUAGUUACAAAAAUAGUGACAGGGAAUUUGAGUAUCAAAUCAAACUGAAGGAUUGAUAAUGAAGCAAAAUCAUAACUUUACCACUUUAAAUCUUUUGACUAUUUUUUAGUGAAACUUUUUAUAACUGUCUAAUUUCUAUGGAACUAUUGCUGAGAAAUAUUUUUAUUUUAUGAACACUUCCGGAAGAGAUUCAAAUGAGUCGGAUGGUCCACCUGGAAAACUACAGAAAUCCUGAUAGUGAGUUUACUAUACAUGACAUUUUGUAAUUUUUAUAUUUAUGUUUUUAUUUAUUUAUUUAUUUUUUAUUUGUAUUUACAGGUUGGGUUUGUUUUUGAAUUAACAGUAACAAUACCUUUUUAGCACUUUCGUUGUUUUGUUUUUUUAGUUGCAAAAAUGUUAAUUUUCAUUUAACAAAUCUGCACUACAUUGAGCAGUUCUGCUAUUACGUGCUCAUCAGCACUGCGCACAUGCACUCAA